GUAUCACGUGACCUCAUUCGCAAGCUCUGAUUGGUCGCUCCCUCACCGGUCCCGGCUGUGGCGGCCCGUGAAGGUUCCAGAAGCGGCUCCGGUUCGGGCGGGCCCGGAACCAUUCGGGUGUCCCGGUUCGGGAGACCCGGAGGCUCCCGGAGGCUCCCGGAGGGGCUCGGGGAGCUGCCGGACGAGCCUGGGUGUGUCCGGGCCUCCCGGUUCGGUUCCGGUCGGGCGGUACCGGAGGGCCCGGUCGGUACCGGAGCCAUGAACGGCGGCGGGACCGGGCCGGGCCCGGUGUGGCUGGCGGUGAGCAGCUCCCUGAACGCUUUCCGUGCCUGUAAACGCUUCUCGCCUGCGCUCACCAUCGCCGAGCUCAAGUGCAAGCUGGAGCUGGUGGUGGGGUCCCCGGCGUCGUGCAUGGAGCUGGAGCUGUUUGGCGCCGAGGACGAGCCCCUGGGGACACUGCACUGGGACACUCCCAGUGCCACCCCAGUGUCCCCAGUGCCAUCCCAGUGUCCCCAGUGCCACUCCCAGUGCCACUCCCAGUGUCCCCAGUGUCCCCUGUGUCCCCUGGCAGUGCAAGCUGGAGCUGCUGGCAGUGUCCCCAUGUCCUGCACGGGGCUGGAGCUGUUUGGCGCCGAGGACGAGCCCCUGGGGACACUGCACUGGGACACUCCCAGUGCCACCCCAGUGCCACCCCAGUGUCCCCAGUGCCACCCCAGUGUCCCCAGUGUCCCCAGUGUCCCCUCUGUCCCUUCCCAGUGCAAGCUGGAGCUGGUGGCAGUGUCCCCAUGUCCUGCACGGGGCUGGAGCUGUUUGGUGCCGAGGACGAGCCCUUGGGGACACUGCGCUGGGACACUCCCAGUGUCCCUAGUGCCACUCCCAGUGCCACCCCAGUGUCCCCAGUGUCCCCUCCCAGUGCAAACUGGAGCUGCUGGAUGUGUCCCCACGUCCUGCACGGGGCUGGAGCUGUUUGGCACCAAGGACGAGCCCUUGGGGACACUGCGCUGGGACUGUCCCAAUGUCCCCAGUGCCACACCCAGUGUCCCCAGUGCCACUCCCAGUGCCACCCCAGUGUCCCCAGUGUCCCCUCUGUCCCUUCCCAGUACAAGCUGGAGCUGGUGGUGGGGUCCCCGGCGUCGUGCAUGGAGCUGGAGCUGUUUGGCGCCGAGGACGAGCCCCUGGGGACACUGCACUGUGCCACUCCCAGUGCCACCCCAGUGCCACCCCAGUGUCCCCAGUGCCACCCCAGUGUCCCCAGUGCCACCCCAGUGUCCCCAGUGUCCCCUCUGUCCCUUCCCAGUGCAAGCUGGAGCUGGUGGCAGUGUCCCCAUGUCCUGCACGGGGCUGGAGCUGUUUGGUGCCGAGGACGAGCCCUUGGGGACACUGGACUGUGCCACUCCCAGUGCCACCCCAGUGCCACCCCAGUGCCACCCCAGUGUCCCCAGUGUCCCCUGUGUCCCCUGGCAGUGCAAGCUGGAGCUGGUGGUGGGGUCCCCAUGUCCUGCAUGGAGCUGGAGCUGUUUGGCGCCGAGGACGAGCCCUUGGGGACACUGCACUGGGACACUCCCAGUGCCACCCCAGUGUCCCCAGUGUCCCCAGUGUCCCCUGUGUCCCUUCCCAGUGCAAGCUGGAGCUGGUGGUGGGGUCCCCGGCGUCGUGCAUGGAGCUGGAGCUGUUUGGCGCUGAGGACGAGCCCUUGGGGACCCUGCACUGGGACACUCCCAGUGCCACCCCAGUGCCACUCCCAGUGCCAUCCCCAGUGUCCCCAGUGUCCCCUGUGUCCCCUGGCAGUGCAAGCUGGAGCUGGUGGCAGUGUCCCCAUGUCCUGCACGGGGCUGGAGCUGUUUGGAGCCGAGGACGAGCCCCUGGGGACCCUGCACUGUGACACUCCCAGUGCCCCUCCCAGUGCCACCCCAGUGCCACCCCAGUGUCCCCAGUGUCCCCUGUGUCCCUUCCCAGUGCAAGCUGGAGCUGGUGGUGGGGUCCCCGGCGUCGUGCAUGGAGCUGGAGCUGUUUGGAGCCGAGGACGAGCCCUUGGG